GAUGACUUGUGAGUUGUCUUUUUCUAUGAACCACUAGGAGUCUUCCUCUUACCACAUAUUGGGAUCUUCUUUAAAGGGGUCUCAAGUCUCAACUCCUAUCUCAGUUAAUCCCCAUUGUUCACAAUUUGAUCAAACAAAAUUGUCGGUGGAAAACACAGCAUCACAUACUAUAUUGUUUUCUCAAGGGGAGGAAGAAAGGCACUAAUGGGGAAGUAUUUGGAGAUGUUGGAUGUAGGGGUGAGAAUAUUAGCCAGGUUUCAUUCUCACUGUCCUCAGACUGCCCGGAUGUACUACCAUCCACCCUCCAACACGGAGGAGCAAAACCAUCGCCACCACCCUCUGUUCCACCGUAUUCAUGGGGUCGAUAGCAGCAGAAGCAGCAACAUGGCAAGUCAUGGUAGAACCUCUAUGGCCAGCUGUGGUUUCGAGACUUUCAUGGAUUUUGAUACUGUUUAUUCUUCAAGACUAAUGGAAACAGUUGCGGAGAAAAAUUUUGGUCAUGUGAAAAGAAUAUCAAAGAAGAAAAAUAGGUGCGUCUGGUCGAUCUGAUUGAAGCAAUGAAAGUGGCCUUGUUGUUUUAUAUUAUUGUGUAGUGUAUGUUGCAUUUCUUUGGAUAGUUUUUAUUUGUCAAAUAAUCUACCUCUUCCCGUCACAAAACAUAUUUUUCAAUGUAUUAUAAUCACUUUUUUAUUUUACAUACAUCACAUUAUAAAAAUGUAUUACAGUAAUUAUUUUAAAUAGUUUAAUAUCCAAACACACAAUGCUUUUGCCAUAGCAAUGGGCCACCAAAAAUUUCCACAAAAUGUCGUAAUUUUGGGCGUAAUAAGCAG